CUCACGCGCGGCUCUGCAAAGACAGCGCAGGGAAGAAGAAGCAGCAGCUCUGCGGCGCAGGGAGCAGCCGAGCGGAUCCGCUGAAGGAGAAAGGACUGGUCUCCUGCUGCAAACGUUCUUCUGCUGCUGAUGUCCACUUUCCUGCUAAGUUUACCUGCACAAGUACAUACAGUAGCACCACCAAAAGGAAGACAUCACAAUGCUAACAUUAGAAAAGAUUAAAUGUGAGGACAUGGUGUCCAGAAGUUUUAGUAUUCAGACAUCCUCUGCUGCUGUCAGCACAAACACAUCUCCCAGACAAACACUAAAAUUUGAAGACGAAGAAAGUACGCAUCACGUUUCAGUGUUCGAAAAGAGUUUUACUUUACUGGCUGAUCUCCAAAGACACCAGUGCAUUCAUACAGGAGAGAAACCGUAUCACUGCUCAGACUGUGGGAAGAGUUUCACUGCAAAGAGAAGUCUCCAAAUACACCAACGUAUUCACACAGGAGAAAAACCGUAUCACUGCUCAGAGUGUGGAAUGUGUUACAUUAGACAGAGUGAUCUUCAAACACACCAACGUAUUCACACAGGAGAGAAGCCGUAUCAGUGCUCAGAGUGUGGACAGAGUUUUAGAGAAAGUGGAACCCUCAAGAAACACCAGCGCAUUCACACAGGAGAGAAACCGUAUGACUGCUUUCAGUGUGGAAAGAGUUUUAGUCGACUGAGUAGUCUCCAAAGACACCAGCUUAUUCAUACAGGAGAGAAACCAUAUCAGUGCUCAGAGUGUGGAAAGAGCUUUAAUAGACAUAGUAAUCUCCAAAUACACCAGCGCAUUCACACAGGAGAGAAACCAUAUUUCUGUUCAGUUUGUGGAAAGAGUUUUACUGUACUUAGUCACUUCCAAAGACACCAGCGCAUUCACACAGGAGAAAAACCGUAUCACUGCUCAGACUGUGGGAAGAGAUUUACUGUAUUAGGUCAUCUCCAACGUCACCAGCGCAUUCACACAGGAGAGAAAUUGUAUACCUGCUCUGACUAUGGACAGAGUAUUAAUCAACAGAUUAAUCUCUUAACACACCAGCACAUUUACACAGGAGAGAAACCCUAUCACUGCUUAGAGUUUGGACAACAUUUUACAGGAAAUGGUUCUUUCAAGAAACACCAGCACAUUCACACAGGAGAGAAACCGUAUGAGUGCUCAGAGUGUGGAAAACGUUAUAAUAGACAGAGUGAUCUUCAAAUACACCAACGUAUUCACACAGGAGAGAAACCGUAUCAGUGCUCAGAGUGUGGAAAACGUUAUUGUAGACAGAGUGAUCUUCAAAUACACCAACGUAUUCACACUGGAGAGAAACCGUAUCACUGCUUAGAGUGUGGACUGAGUUUUACGGAAAGUGGUUCCCUCAAGAAACACCAGCGCAUUCACACAGGAGAGAAACCGUAUAGCUGUUCAGAGUGCGGACAGAGUUUUAGGCAAAGCGGUUCCCUCAAGAAUCACCAGCGAGUUCACACCGGGGAGAAACCGUAUCACUGCUUAGAGUGCGGACAGAGUUUUAGAGAAAGUGGUACCUUCAGGAAACACCAGCGUGUUCACACAGGAGUGAAACCAUAUCACUGCUCAGAGUGUGGACAGAGUUUUACACAAAGUGGUUCCCUCAAGAAUCACCAGCGCAUUCACACUGGAGAGAAACCGUAUCACUGCUCAGAGUGUGGAAAGAGUUUUAGAGAUGGUAGUAACCUCAAGAAACACCAGCGCCUUCAUAUAAGAGAGAAUCCUGAUCACUGCUCAGAGGGACAAGCUUCCGAAGUGCAUGAAAAGACAGGAGAUUUGAGAACUGAAGAGACCGACCCAUUACUAGCUCUGUAAGAAGGUAUCUUGAUCCAUCCAAGCCUCUUCCGAGACACACAGCAUCAAGUGAUUAAACUCAGGAAAAAUAAAACGCAUCCAACAAUCAGCAAGCCGUUCAAACCCAUGCAGACAAACAUAAGCUGCAGUUUCAUCUUCUGAGUAUAAAAAGAAAUAAAAAGCCACAACCAGCUCUGCAGUACUGAGUGAGGAGCAAAUGGUCCUGACUGAACCUCCAUCUGAACUUCACAGUGCUCCUCCCUCUGAGGGCAUGAAGAUUGGAUGGGAGGACUGAGGAUUCAACACCAAACAUGCUUUCCAAAUGAGAUGGUCUUCACUCAGUCGUCACUUUCAUCACCUGUUACGAACCUGAUAGUUUCACAAGGCUAUCCUUACUGAGAUCCACACGUUUACAGUGCCCCUCCUUCACAGCGCAAUCGAGAAAUACAUGCUAUGAAAAAAUAUUUUGCUAAGAUCUGCUGUCAAGGACCAACACACCCAAGCACCUACAGUUUGUGACUUAUUUCAUGAUCAGGUUCAAUUUUUACUUUCAGUCGAUGCACUGUUUUGAUCAUUAUGUACUGGGGUGCCAAUAUUUGUAUGCUGUAACUAUGGUCUUCAAGACAAGAUCAUAGUUACAGUAAAAUUGGAGUAUCUCAGACCUUGUGUUACAGGCUAAAACAAAAACAUCUGCAUUAGACAUACAUGUUCUGAAAACCUCCUCUCCAUUAAAUUCCCCUGAAUGUCAGUAAAGAAUUUAAAUGUCA